UAAUGGGGGGGGGGGUUCCCACGCGGACACCUGCAGCUUCCACUGCAAUAAAUAAGUCUGCCGUUUUCUACCGGGUGCUGGGUGAUUCCUCAUGUCCUUGUCCAAAGGAAAAGUACCGGAGGUCUCCGCGGAACCGUCGCGGCGGCCCAAGUGCACCCGGUGCCGCCACCACGGCAUCGUCAUCCCGCAGAAGGGCCACGUGAAGUCCUGCCCGUUCCUCGGCUGCGCCUGCUCCAAGUGCCUCCUCGUCACGGAGCGGACUCGGAUCGCGACCAUGCAGCGAAACCUGAGAAGGGCCGAGGGGAACAAACCCACGAGCAGACAGAAGCGAGCCUGCGCCCGAACCGAACCCCCGCGGGGCCCGGUUGGCGGCGCUCGUGCGCUGCCCACGUUUAACGGGGCCAAAGUCGCGGGAGCCCCACAGGGUUCAUGGACGCCCCUGGAUCUGCGGUCCGGACCGGCCGCAGGAGAAGGGCUGGCGGCCGGUCCGGACGGUUCCCCCGAGGAGCGUGGGAACGAUGCACCGAUCAAUGUUCCCUACUUUGGUGAACUGAGACCAUCCGCUCCGGUGCAUUUCAUUCCUGUUCCACUUAGGAUGUCCGGCCAUUACGCCGGCAGCUGUGCUUCGUAUCCAGCCUUAAUGAUCAACAUGCCCUGUCUGCCACCUGUGCCUGGUGCCCUGUACAACCACAGCCUCUACAGACCUCUGAUGCUCCCUCACUUCCAGCACGGUGCCAUGCCGCCUCCACCAGCGCCUCCACCCCCUGCUGACUGCAAACCGGUCUUCUUCACUCUCCAACCAACGGUCCCGGAGGAUUCCCAGGAGGAGCUGAUGCCUGAGCCUCCUCUGGGCAAACAAGCUGACCUGGACAUUGUGGGGCUGGACUGAAGCACCAGACUAAUCUUUGUUUUAUUUUGAUCUUUUGUGCAGUUUGUUCUUUAACUGAUGUUUAAUGUGACAUUUAUGCACUGUUUAAUGUUUAUGUGUUAAUAAAGGAUGAGCGCUGUUGCCUUUUGCAAAAAUAUAUAA